GUGCUGUGUUCACCGUUUUAUCUCCUCCUCUGGCCACAUGAAAAUGGCCACGCAAUUGCAUUCCCGCACAUCCACCAACCUCCGCGCUGUCAGCCAGUAACCCCGCACACACACACACACACACACUGCAGCCCCCCAACCCCACCGUGCUGACACGUUAACGGCUUGUAUGCAAACGAGGGCAUGAUCUGAGCCAUUAUUACUGGCGGGAGAGAUGUAACUUUCCCCGAGAGAAGUGAGGCAAAAUAAGAUCCAGCGUAACCAGUCCGCCACCUAGCUGCGGAGACGCGCCGACGGAGAUCUGUCGACUGUAUGAUUAUGAAAACACCCGCGCCAAUGUUGUUGCACAGUAGGCUCUGCGCUCAGAUGAGACUGAAACUCGGUUUUAGGAGGUGUUUUAACCUCCGCUGGCCUUAGUUAUGUAAUCAAAGCAACAUCUAAUGCACCAAAGGCUCCGGAUUGCUGUUGGUGCGAAGAGGAGAGCAGGACAGCAACACCUUAACCUCCUGCCUAAACGCAGUUGGCUCCGGGACGCGCUCUCGGUUCAAGCCAAACGGACAAGAGAGAGACCUUCCUUCGCUGGAUGAAGAGACCCAACUGUAUUUGGAGUGUUAUAGAACAUUGUUUGGGAAUUUACUCACCCAACACCUGCGUUCUGCUCUUUGCCUCUGACCCCACUAACCCCACUGGGGGCAUAUAAAAGUGUUAUACUGGGAACCCCACAGCAUCCAACUUUUUCCCCCUGACUUCUCUGAUGGACCAGAGAGUGAAGGGGGGGACCCCUCCUACCACAAACUCUACUGUGGAUCCCACCUCUGCGCCCGAAGACUCUGAACAGGACCAAGUGGCAGAGAAAAAGAGGAGAGGUGAGGGGGAGAAUGGAGACGUAGGGGAAAAGGAGGAGGAGAAAAGGGGAUCGGGGAGAAAGAGAGAAGGAGACAAGGGGGCAGUGCUGGAGUUGCUCAUUGAGGGGCGCUGUGGAAGUGCUGGGCAGCAACCGCUUCAGAUCUCUGGCAGAGAGACAAGCUGCCCUGAAGGGAAUGUACGAGUUCGGAUUGGACUACAGGCCAAACGCACCAAGAAACCACCCAAGAUCUUAGAGAGCUACGUCUGCAAACCCACCAUUCGGACCUAUCAGAGGCAAGGCAGGGGGGGACUGCUGAGGGGUGAUGGAGAAGGGGGAGUGGGACAGCAAAGCAAAACCAGCUCUACCCCAGAUGAGCCAACCAGAGAUCAACGCUCAGGCUUGGAUGCUGUCCAGACCACAUCCAAACAAACUGCAUCUGCUGCUUCACCACCACUCGUAUCAUCAUCAUUACCAUCGUCAUCAUCAUCUUCAUCAUCACAGCAACCGUCGUUAUCAUCAACAUUUACAACAGCUUCCAGUCCAGCCUCAGUCCCUGCCAUAACCAGCCAAGGGACCAAGUCUGCCAAACAGGUUCCUAUCAAGCUGGCUGAUAAGACAGAGUUGAAUUCAAAUGGCUCAUCUGAGAAAGUGAAGAAAGAGAAGCUCCCAAGUGUCAAUGGCCAGCCUGUCCCUGCAGGGCACAAACCUUGUUCACCCACAAGAGAACAGACAGCUUCAAUUCCUCCUUCCUCCCAAUGCAUCCCAGCCCCACCUGCAUCAGAAAACAGGAGUGAAGGAAAGACCUCCAAGAAACAUAAUGGUUUGGUGCAGACAACAAAACAGAAGGGACUGUCAAAUGGGAAAGGCUCUACCGACAUCCUUGGCACUUCCACCUCAUCGAAAAUCAAAAUUAGAAAACACAGCAGUUCCUCCUCUGUGUCUUCCGUUGAUUCCUCGACAAGACCUCCAGUUUCCACUAGCUCCCCUAAAGAACUUAGCCUGUCUAGUAAGAGUAGGCCAGACUCUCCUUCCUCUCUCUCAGUCACCCCUAAACCACAGUCCACCCCCACUGUGGAUGUGUCCUCAGCCCAAUCCCAAGAUCAGGAUCCUUGUCUACAGCCCUCACUAGAGAAGAACAGAGAGAAAGAAAGGAAAGCAAAAAAAGAAAAACAAGACAAAAAGAAAGUCAAAAAGUCAAAAAGAGAUAGGUUGGACCCUGAAAAAACAAAGAGUGAGAGCAGAAAAGAGGAAGGCAAGAAGAAGAAGAAAGAGAAAGGGAAGGAUGGAAAAUCAAGGCAUGCUAAAGAAAGAGAGGAAACACAUAAGACUGAUGAAACAUGGAGAGAUGAACUAAGGAUUGAAAGAGGAAAGGUUGAGAAAAAGAGGGAUAAACAAAGCCCAGACAGUCAAAGAACAGAAGAUAAUAAUACAAACUGUGGUGAAACAGUUGACAGUGGUAAACUGGAUAAAACUUAUAAAGUAGUAAAUACAGGCAGCCCUGGUGAGAUAGACAAGACAGAUGACAGUUGCAAGCAAGUUAAACAAGCUGAGCCAGCAACAGGUGACACCAGUAAAUCAAAAGAACAAGACAUUUCAAGACAUUCAGCUGUGCCUCCAAGCCACCCCUCUUUUUCUGCUCCUCCCUCUCUGCCCACUCCUUCUGCCCGGGCACCCAUUUCUCCCUCAUGUUCUCCCCAAGAGCAGGACAGCCGACCGCUCAAGAAACGUAAAGCCAGACGGCCCAGCUGGACCAAGCUGGUGCACCGGGCUCAGAGGGCAGAAAAUCAGGAAGCUCCUUCAGAUUCCCAACAUAAUCUUUUUCCACAGAAUACCAAGAUGUCCCUUUCUGUAAAAGCCACUAUUCAGCAGACUGAUGAGUCAAACCCUGCUCCCUCCAGUUCCUUAACCAGCACCUUUUCCCCUCUCCCAUCUACUACCAAACCUCCAUCCCCAAAGCAGAGUCACCCCACGUCAGAUGCUAGCCCCUCUGCUUCCAAAUGCCCCAUAACCCCUGCACGAAAAAGAGGCCGCCCAAAAUCGCACAGCUCCAGCUUAGACGAACCUCCCCCUAAACUUUCACCAAAUGCUAUCCAGGCUGAGGUGCCUCCUUUGGGGUGUGACGGCAUUCAGAAAGCCCCUGCGCUGGAGCCAAGUCCAAUACUGCAGUGUGCUACUCAGUCUAAAUCCAGCCCCAAGAAGCGUGGCCGUCCUCCCAAAAGACCCCUCCCCCAGGACCAGAGUGGAGAUGCACUGAAUCGCACUGAUGAUACAGACAGGAGUAAAGAUUUUCAUCCUCCUGAAAGAGGGGACAGGCAGCUAAAGAUCAGGAGACUGAUUAAUGAGAUGAAGAAAAGAAAGAAGAGGAGACUUCACAAGGUAAUGUUGUCUGGGUAUGCAGGAAAAGAGGUAAGGGGAGGCAGGGUGGCAGAUGGUGAGACUUCUCUAAAAAUGUGUAAAUCGAUAGAGGCUACAGCAGUACACACACUCACAGCCCUGUCCUCCUCCUUUGGGAGUAAGCUGGGCCCUCAGAUCAAUGUGAGCAAGAGAGGGACCAUCUACAUGGGCAAGAGGCGAGGACGCAAACCCAAAACCCAAACAGCUCCGACAACCCAAACCAACUCCCAGAACUCCACUCAGUCAUCUCUGUUUACCAGUCCCUCUGAAACAUCUCUCUUCUCUAACCAACCCCAGCCUCCUUCCUCUCAUCCAUUUCCUUCCCCGUCUCUUACCCACUCCAGUGGGGCCCAGAGCCCUUAUAGUGAAGGCAGCCUCACAGAACCAACAUCCUCCCUACUUUUUCCUCACCACUUCUCCCUCCCUUCCCCUUCAUCCUCCUGUACCUCCCCCCGUCCUCCCUCCUCCUCAUCCCUCUCUCCCUUUGUGAAGAAGAGUUGUCCAUGUCAGGGGAGGCAUCAUUUCCCCUUUCACCAGUCAUCAUGUAAGCUCUCCAGUCCCACCCCUCCACUACAUCACACACCUGGCUCCCCUGGCCACCUGAAAGAGGCCACUCCCUCCCCCAGGAGUGAAUCUCACAGUGAAGAGACACUGCCUAGUGACAGCGGGAUUGGAACGGAUAACAACAGUGUUUCUGAGCGAGGGGAGAUUAGGGGAGCCCGAGGCAUACUCAGGUUGGGUCAGGGUGCAGGAGUGAUUCUCGGGGCUCAACGGCAACCCUCCUCCCUUGCGGAUCGUCCUUCUCCUGUCUCUUCACCCCUCUCUCAUAUGCCCAGACACACAAACCCCAUCACCAACGCAACAAAUCUGGAGCGGCACAGGGACAGACACAGGCACAGGCGGAGGGAUUAUGACUGUUCCUCCUCGUGUACUUGCUUGUGCCCUUGCUCUUGCCCAGGUCACAACAAGUGCACUCAUUCAGAUUAUUACCCGUGCCUUGGGCACAAUGCACUGAAGAGACAGAAAAAUAAACAUAAGAAGAAGCACCAGCAGCUACAUAUGCAGGACCCAGAGUUUCUGGCUGAACUAGAGGAUCUGAUCGGUCAGUUUAGUGAGGUUCAUAUUGGACGACGAGGUUGGGCGAGGACAGGGCUGGGACAGGGCUUUGAUGGGAGCGGGAAUGCUGCUGGAGGAAGACGCCAUCACUCCUCAUCCCAUUCUCUUCGCUCCAACAUCUUUAGGAUCAAUCUGAAUGGCUUCUACUCACCCCAUCCUUCACCUUACUCUGCAAAUACCGCCUUCUCCCCCCAGCCUUUCUACCCCUGCCAGACAGUGCAUUGUAACAGAAAGCCAGAUCGCAGGCAAUGUGGUUGCCCGUCAAAGUUCCAGGAGACCAUUGAAAAUAUGGGCUUUUAUAGUAGCUAUCCAACAGCCACAGCACUUUACCACCAUGUCCCCAACUCUUACCCGAUUCCCUCUCCACACCAAUAUGCCCCCCAUCAGCCCCAUCACACCCACUUCCUCCUCAACCCUGCCAGAUUCCACAGGCGGAGGAGCAGGUUGCUGAGGGAAGGAGCUUUAGGAGGAGAGGUUGAGGGCGAUUUAGGAGGAGGCAGUGGAGGAGGCCCACACCUCAGCUCAGGGUUCACAUCCAGCCUUCCUUGUGGCUGUGGGAGGAACGAACACAAACACAAGCAUAAACAUCGUCACAGGCACUGCGAGCGAGAUAUGGAUGACGAGGAGGAGUUACAUGACGAUGAGGAGGAAGAUGGAAUAGAGAGAGAGAGAUUAGCCAGUUCAAAACCAAGGUCAGGGUUCAUUUUAGGUCAAGGAGACGGAGGAAGGAAAGAGGCAAGAGGAGUGGGGAGUAUGCUGUCUAAAGAAUCGCCCUGGUUAUGUGAGAGCGGAAAUGAUACCUUCUGCUCAGCUGCAGCUGCCACAUCAUCCUCAUCUUCAGCAGAGAGGUACAAACACACCUCUCUCACCUCACUGGGGCUGGGUUCGUCUCACCUGUCAUCAUUUGGAGGAGGCUGGGGCGGCCUGGGCCAGAACUGGACAAAAUUCGGGAGCCUAGGAGGAGCAGGAUUUGGAAACUCAAACCUCAGCUGGAGAGGCUUCACCGGGGAUCAACCUGCAAGCCAACUGAUAGCAUCAGAUGGAGAGGAUGAAGACGAUGAGGAUGUACAAGAGUCACAUCUGCACCGGACAUCCCCUUCCCCAACACACACCAACCUGUUCACCUCUGCUGCAAUGGCAAAAGGGGAGAGGGGUCUGAGGAGCCGUUUUGCUGGUAGGAGUCUGGAAAGUGGAGACAGAUCAAGGAGGAGAGAUGAGCCAGCGUGGACAGAGAGGAGAGAAACAGGUUUACAAGGUGACUCGAGAAGCUCGGGGCAGCAGAAAAGCGUUCCAACCCCAGUCAGUGUGGCUGGGAAAAACAAAAGAAGGCCAGGGCGUCCCAGAAAGCACCCGCUGCCCUCCACUGUGUCCUCCCCCACGCACUCAUCUGCAGCUCCCUCCAUGUCAUCACCUGACAUCUUGCCAGGACACAGCCACAACAGAGAUGGGAGAGAAGCGGGAGGGAGAAAAGAUGAAAGGGUGCCAGAGAGAGAUCGAGGAGGUGACAUAGUACAGCAGGUGACAGAGCUUGAGCUGCAGGCCAGGAGGAAGAGGGGACGAAAGAGAAAACAUGGUGACUCUCCUUGUCAUCAGAGUGUCGCUGAGGAUAAACCUGAGGGUGACACCGCCGCUGAAUGUUUUAGCCAGUCAGAUGUUGACCAGGCUCCGUCCCAACCAGUAACCAUCCAAAGAGAGGAGAGAGCAGAUGGCCCUCCUAGGAAGAAGUUUCUGAGGGCAGGUCUUUACUCUGAUGAUUAUAAAACUACAGAUCCCCCCUCCCAAGUCCAGAAGCUGUGCAGAGAAAGUAUGGAAUACACACCUGGGGAGCAAGAUUACAGCCUUUUGCCUGCUCCCAUACAUGUUGGAAAGUACCUUAGGCUGAAGCGAAUUCAUUUCCAAUUACCAUAUGAUGUUAUGUGGCUGUGGCAGCACAAUCAGCUUCAAAGGCAGCCGUCUGUCCCCCUGAAGAGGAAGCGGCGUUACUGCCGGAUGAAGGAGAGGGCUGUAUCCUCUCACCAGACAGCGGAGGAGAGCUCCAGUGACAUUACCAGCCUGUUUCCUCACCUCGACAUGGAGCCUUUGACCAGCAGUGAGAGGAGCUUUGUGGUUAAACACCACGUGUUCCUUGUGAGGAACUGGGAGCUUGUGCGAGACAGACAGAUACGACUGAGGAUAGAGAGAGAGAGAGAUGCAGAGGGGGAAGAGGGAGACUCACGACGUCUGUCCUGUGAUGGAGCCAGUGGGGAUGAGAGCCACAUCAAGUCAGAUCAGACAGUGGGGUCGGAGGUGACGGUUAUCAGCAGUGACCCCCACCAUCAGAAUCGGGACACUUCCAGCUUACUCACUGCCAGCCCCUGUCCCAACAAAACCCAGAACAGACAAGAGGAGGAGGGAGAGGAAGAGAAACGAGGGGAAGAGGAGAUCUGCAGCAGAGAACAGAGGAGGAAACGGUUGAACGAUUUACUUUUGACCCUGCAGCAUUCAUAAGCUAAUGGAGAGAGGUGGGACCACUCUGAGAAAGGGACCACGCCCACCACUGGACAGAUGGACAGGAACUGAUGUCAUAACACUGCUAUUAACAGUAGUGGUGCCACAGCGAGCCAGCACGAAGAGGGAGGAGAGAGCUGGAGAAUUAUAGUGGCUGAAAACGCGAGAAAGACAUCUCACUCACUCACUCACUCACAGAUGAGUGUGUUGAACCUAGCGCUCUGAAGGGCAUCACCCCAAGGAUGAAACCAUGGCAACAGAUCUUUUGUCCAAGCGGCGAGGGAUGAUAGAAACAGAGAUAGACUGUCCUGGAUGAAAGAAAGAAACAGACCAGCUGAAAUGAAUUUGCACUAGUGCUGGAUGAACAAGCACACUAAAGACUGUAUGUACGCUGAGUGGACACACUAUAAACUCACAUACUUUGAUUGCUCUUACUUCGGCACCUUAAGCAAAAUGGGAAGGACGGACAUCAUUUGGAGACUGAAAAUGAACACGUGUGGUACACAGCAUUUCGACUCUGAAGUUUCCAAGAGACAAGGAGUUCACAAACUGCCCGAGGGAACAAAAAUGUAGCCUGGGCCCCUAACUAGGUCACAAUUGAACCCUCAUUUAAUCGUUAAGCUUUCAAAGUCACAUUGCACCUUUGGGAAAUGACACGAGGAGAAGUGAACCAGUUAAAAGCUGUCGAGACAGUGUUGGGGUUUUUCUUCGCUUUACCAAGACAGUGUCUGCUAUGUACCAGUGAAUAGGCAGGGGAGGGGGUGGGCUUAGUGAUAGGAAUUUUGGCAUCGCUGCAAGAGAAUUUCUAAUGAGGUUUUAAGAAAGAACUUAUUUUUUGAAGACUGAGUGCUGUCUGCUAAAGAAAUGAACAAAAUAUAUUCAUGAUAGGAAUGUUUAUUGUUGACUAUUUUCAGUAUUGCUUCCUGGGGAAGGGAGGGAGAAGUGGGGGAAAAGUGUUUUGUUUACUUCAGACUGCCUUUGAGAAUGUUUCGCUCUUUGCUCCAGAGCAUUGACAAUCAGAAUGUCCUCGGUUUGGGGUUGGUGGGGGGGGUGAGGAAAGGCAAUGAAAACUAGAAUCGAUUUGCCCCAAAUGCUCUGUAGAAGUGCCAUGUUGUCUUGUGUACGUACCUAAGCGAACUCAUGCAGUCUUUAAAAGCAAUAUCUCCUCUGAUAAGGACUAUAUAAGAACUUCCUUUGUUAUGUUUUUUUUUUUUGGUUUUUUUGGUUUUUUUAAGUUGUGAAUAUUUUUUUUUUUCUGUACAGUUGCAUAGUAGAUUGUUCUCAUCUUAGGAGCGUUUGGCUAAUCUACUUAGUGGAAGUUACCAUAAGCAUUUAGUUUCAUGUGAAUGUACAUAGAAAGAGAGAGACCUGUUUUCCUUCUAUCAGCAGUAGCGUGUAAAAUUAGUAUUAUACAUGACAAUACUAUUGGGAUUCUACAUAAAAGUUCAUAAUCAAAUAUUUCGUUUUACUAACAUGUUUUUAACAGGUUAUACAGCUGACCAAUAUAUCAUUUCUCUUUAAAACUGACUAUGAUUGUAUAUGAUUUUUUUGUAGAAUUACAUAAUUUGUCUUUUAUUCUUA